CUUGUCCACAUACCAGCCUGCUCUUGUCAUUAGACCGGCCGGUCCGCUUGGUAGUCUAUUCGACACUAUCGGCUGCGCCCUACGAUCGCUCCCAGAUCACCCACCAGGUCUCCGACUCGACGUCGGCAGGUUCCUUGCCUCUAUCAACAGCAUACUUCUGUCCACGCAGGACGAAAAAAAAAUAUCAACAACACAUCGAGUGUACCUUUGACAAGGUCUCGUGAAUCACAAUCGAUUUGACCUUGAUUUCACCACCGUCAAUCGCUCACUCAAAUUCCGCAAUGUCGUUCGCCGCUGCUUCCGCUAAUGGCAUCCCCGCUGCACCCCCAACACCCACUGGGCUGGCCUCAUUGCCUCCCAAGCCUCCUAUGUCCCUGAACAACCCGCGUGCGUCCUUAGGUCCAAACGAGCGACUUCGCCAGCCUCUGUCGCCGCGUGUUGCGGUCUCUUCGCCAAGCGCGCGCCCCACCAGCGAGCUCCUCGCUAACGUGACCAUUGCCCAGCCGACCCCUGAAGCGGAGGCGCUUGACCAGUGGUUCGAAAAUCUUCAGAACUAUGAAGUCACCCUCGAGGAGAUGGCCGCCGCGUCACUGGACCAGAACUUCAAGGAGGAGCUCACCGCCAUCGAAGAGUGGUUCCGCGUCCUCUCGGAGGCUGAACGCACCGCUGCCUUGUACAGCUUGCUCCAGUCUGCCACUCAAGUCCAGAUUCGGUUCUUCAUCCAGGUCCUUCAGCAGAUGUCUAGGGCUGAUCCGAUGACCGCCGUGUUAAGCCCUAGUAUGGGCGGAUCGAUGCAAAACCAAAUGGAACAAAAGCUCAACCAGCUUGGCCUCAAGUCUCCGGGCCUCAAGGCGCCCUCUUCCCCCGCCGUGAGGAAUUUCAGCGCAGGCUCAGCGAACCGUGCCUCGUUCGGUGGAGAUAUUUCGUCCUUCCUCUCUCCCGAUUCUGCCGCAUUGAGUGAUGCCGCUGGAACGCUUGCGCAAAAGCGCGCUCAGCUGAAAGCGACUCAAGCCGCUCAUCGCAUUUCUGCGCCCGGUCUGAUCAACUCGAAUAACAAUGUCUGGACCGGUUCUUCCCUCAGCCAGGUUAUGGAACGUCAGGCAUCGCCGUCGCCAGAGCCUCCCGUUUCCCCCGGUUUGGCCCCUGCCACGGCUACCAUUAGGCCGAAGAGCACCGACUUUGCUGGUGUCGCCAACACCCUGCGUUCACCUCGCCCGAACUUGACGGAAGACCCACCGAACGAUGGUCUCUCCCCUAUGAUCGGAGGUCACUGGUCUAGCAUGGUGAACACCCCUCUGGUGCCCAUGUUUUCCGCAGACAAUCAGCAAAACAAUACCAAUGGCCUCGACGCUGUCAACGCCAAGCUCAACCAAUGGGGUGGUGCGGGGAACGACGCUAGCGCCCGCGUCCCUCUUAUGGAUGACGCGAAGAAGUUUAGGCGUAAGAGCCCUGCGAUCGACGAAGCGAUGAGUGGACUCCGUCCUGCAAACGGGAACGCUGCUCUUCUCGCUCAGCAGCUUGCUGCGAACAGAAGCGUUGGUGCCGAUGGCGUGAACAACUUCAAUGGACUGGGCGGGCUGAGCCCGCACAUGAACGGACUUGGUAUGGGAGGAUUCGGUGGUCUUGCCGGUCUGCAAGCGAUGGGGGCCGGUGGGCUGAGCCCGCUGACGGCCAACAUGACUGGCAUGAACUUGAAUGGUCUCGCCGGUAUGAACCAGAUGGAUCUGCUCAGCUUGAAUCUCAGCCCUAUUGGUCUGGGUGCUGGCUUGAACCUCAACGCUGCCGCCCAGGCGCAACUGCUUGCUCAACUUGCGACCGGUGGAUACCCCAACUCGGCUUCUUCCAUCAAAUUUGCCGGUCUGCAGACUCCCCUCACUGCCGGUCGUCCCCGCAGUGCAGGAAGGCGCAGUCCAUCAGGCAAGGUGGGCUUUAAUGGUCCGGCUUCCGCCAGGACCGACGACGACAUCGACCCCAAUGUGCUGCAAGACGUACCCGGCUGGCUGCGCUCCCUUCGCUUGCACAAGUACACUACUAACUUUGAAGGUAUGGAUUGGAAGGAUAUGGUUAUGAUGGAUGAAGCAGCUCUUGAGAAGAAGGGAGUGGCAGCGUUGGGUGCAAGGAGGAAGAUGUUGAAGACUUUCGAGGCCGUUCGCAUCAAAAUGGGUAUUGAAGGACCCCCACCUAUGAGUGCGGUUAGCACAAACGCCACCUCCAUCUCUGGGGGAGAGGAGCCGACCUCCGCAAUCGAGUGACCGGCCCUCGACCGUUGCUUUCUCAGAGAUUCACGAAUUGAUUAAUCUUCUCUCCGAGCUUGACUAUCAUUUUCCCUCGAUUCUUCUUGUCUUCUAUGCGUAUUCCUUCAACUCUCGUUGCCUAUUGUUUCCCCUCUUCCACCACCUGUGCUCGGGCUCUCUGGCCAGAGUCCACGUAGGUGAAUCCCCUCCCCACCCAAUUUCAUUUGUGUCUAUGUUGAUAACGCCGCGGUAUCUUCCUUGUCUUGAUAACUUCGUAAUUGUGCUGGUUUGUAGCUUCCGUAGCUCGACGCGCAAUAUGUUACACCUCUUUGCAUCGCC